UAAACCGUGAGGUGGCCGCCAUCUUGCGUACGGAGGUGCGGCUUGUUCCCGAGAUUCUGAGCCUGGGCAUUUAGACCCUCCAGAUCUCGGCUUUGGCGUUGUGCCUGCGCUUUUCUUUCACCUUUACGGAGGUUCGUGUUGUCCUAGAAGAAGGUUUUGUUGGGAGGUAAAGGUCAAUGCGUAGGGGUAGAGUAAGAUGUCUUGUGAAAUUGAAGGUAAAUUCUUGGGACCUAGAGAAGAAGUAACAAGUGAACCACGCUGUAAAAAAUUGAAGUCAACUCCAGAGGCAUAUAUUUUUCACAAUCAUAGUGAUGCUGAUUUUCACAGAAUCCAAGAGAAAACUGGAAAUGAUUGGGUCCCUGUGACCAUCAUUGAUGUCAGAGGACAUAGUUAUUUGCAGGAGGAUAAAACCAAAACUAUGGAUUUGUAUAGACCUUUGCAUGAUGAGCUGCCUGGUAAUAGACCAGAUGUUAUUGAAUCCAUUGAUUCACAUGUUUUACAGGAAUCACGUCCUCCAUUAGUAUCUACAGACGAUGAGAUAUAUAGCACUAGUAAAGCAUUUAUAGGACCCAUUUAUAAACCCCCUGAGAAAAAGAAACGAAAUGAAAGGAGGAAUGAGGCAGACACACUAAAUGGUAAAAAUGGCAGAGGAGGACAAACAGAGAAACAGAAAUUUAACUCUGAAAAAUCGGAGAUUGACAAUGAAUUAUUCCAGUUUUACAAAGAAAUUGAAGAGCUUGAAAAGGAAAAAGAUGAUUUUGAGAACAGUUGCAAAGAAUCUGAACCUUCUCAGGAACAAUUUAUUCCAUUGUAUCAGGGUCAUAAUAAUGGUCUCUUAAAACCAGAAGAAAAGAAAGAUCUUAGUAAUAAUGCUCUUCCAUCACGUUGUGAUUAUCAACAGAACUUGGGGAAUGAGCCAGGCAAAUAUCCCUGUAAUGGACAAGUGAUACCUACAUUUUGUGACACUUCAUUUACUUCUUUCAGGCCUGAAUGGCAAUCAGUGCAUCCUUUUAUAGUGCCCCGUGGUCCUCCUCUUCCCAGUUUGAACUAUCAUUUAAAUUUUCAAAGAUUCAGUGCUCCACCAAAUCUGCGAUCAAAUAUUUUCCAAACCCAAGAUGACUCUCAGAUGCAAAAUGGAUAUUAUGUAAAUAAUUGUCAUGUUAACUGGAAUUGUAUGACUUUUGAUCGGAACAAUGAAUAUACUGACUGUAGUGAGAAUAGGAGUAGUGUUCAUCCCUCUGGAGAUGGCUGCGGUAUGCAAGAUGAAUAUGUGAGUAACGGUUUCUGUGAAGUCAGAGAAAGAUGCUGGAAAGAUCCUUGUAUGGACAAGCAUAAUGGAACAGACAGGUUUGUGAACCAGCAGUUUGAAGAGGCAAAGUUAAAUAAAUUGCAGAAGUUGCUUAUUCUUUUAAGAGGUCUGCCUGGUUCUGGGAAAACAACAUUGUCUCGGAUUCUGCUUGGUCAGAAUCGUGAUGGCAUUGUGUUCAGCACUGAUGACUAUUUUCACCAUCAAGAUGGGUACAGGUAUAAUGUUAAUCAACUUGGUGAUGCCCAUGACUGGAACCAGAACAGAGCAAAACAAGCUAUCGAUCAGGGAAGAUCUCCAGUUAUAAUAGAUAACACUAAUAUACAAGCUUGGGAAAUGAAGCCAUAUGUGGAAGUGGCCAUAGGAAAAGGAUACAGAGUAGAGUUUCAUGAACCUGAAACUUGGUGGAAAUUUGAUCCUGAAGAAUUAGAAAAGAGGAAUAAACAUGGUGUGUCUCGAAAGAAGAUUGCUCAGAUGUUGGAUCGUUAUGAAUAUCAAAUGUCCAUUUCUAUUGUAAUGAAUUCAGUGGAACCGUCACACAAAAGCACACAAAGACCUCCUCCUCCACAGGGGAGACAGAGGUGGGAAGGCUCUCUUGGCUCACAUAAUCAUGUCUGUGUCACAGAUAAUCAUUAAAUUAGCUAUUUUCAGCUAACACAUUUAUUUGCAAUGGAAAAAGAAUUAGUGAGCCUGUCUUGGAAUUUAAAUAGUUUCAAAUAAAAGACUACAUUGCCUCACAAAGAAUGUUCCCAGCAAGUUGUUAACAUGUAAAUAAAAAUUAUGUGAAAUUGUA